AUGGUCAACAUUAUUGGUGAAGAGGAGAUGGCAAAGGAGCUAAGCUCUCGAAGUUUGCUUUUGAUCUCUGUGGAGGCUGGAUUGAUGCUACUGCUUAACAUAUCGUCAUUACUAGGAAAUCUUUUAACCUGUAUAGCGGUGUACAGGAAUACAAGGCUCCGCACAACAACCAACAUUGAUAUCGCAGCCUUAGCUGCCGUAGAUUUGCUUUCUGCUAGUUUGGCCUUACCAAUGUCAACAGGAGUUCUAAUCUCUGGACGAUGGCCGUUUGGGGAAGCACUGUGCAAGAUAAACGUGUUUAUAGUUACAUAUGUGACGUACAUUUCACCCGUAAUUAUAGGCUUGACAGCGUUGAACAGAUACGUAAAAAUAUGCAAGACAAAUCAACAGUAUAAAAGGUUGUUUUCGGAGAAUAAGUCUCGCAUUUUGGUCGUGACUGUGUGGCUGUUUAUGGGCGUGUAUGUGGUUAUUAGUCGCCUGAUCGGCCCACAAGAAGUCCAAUUCAGUCCAGGUUGUGCACUCUGUCUCAAUUCACAUUUGAGCCGGUUAGGCAGAGUCAUUCGUCUUGCGAUUAUGGUUGGUUUGUUUUUUACUGUCCCGCUAGCUAUGACCCUGAUCAGCUACGGAAGGGUGAUCAAAAAGAUUGGAAAACACAAAAGGGGCAUCGGCCAUGUUCAUCAAACACACCCACCAACUAUAAGAAUUAGUUCGCGUGAGAUUCGAAUCAACAAGUCGUUGUGUAUAAUAAUAUUCGCUUUUGUACUAUGUUUUACCCCUCUUUGGACCAUUUCUAUUUUAACUCGGCUACGUAUAGUGGAAAAAGUGCCACGAAAUCUGGAAUUGCUUUGUUCUUUUUGCUUGGCGUUGUCCAACACCGUUAACCCUUUCAUUUAUGCAGGGGUAAAUCCUGUGUUCAAAAGGGAGUUCCAGAGGAUACUUCGAUGCAAAUCACCCAACACAAUUCAGGCCAUUUCAACAGAAUCAGCAAGCCGCAGAGCA